GUCAAUCUGCUCCCCACCUACUCGCACCUUUGUCGAAUAUCUUUGCGCGCAUACUCACAAGGUUGCGCAGUCACAUUUCAAUCGUACAUAUACAGCUGCACUGCAGCAAACAUGGCCGACACUCAGCCUGCCGCCGAGGCGCCCGCGACCAACCCCGCCGAGGUCUCCAAGAGCAACGAGUCUACCGAGACUGUCGCAAAGCCCGAGACCACUGCCAGCGCAGAGUCUGGCGACAAGGAGGGUGCCAAUGGCACUGCUGAAGCAAGCAAGGAGGCGGAGUCAUCCACGAAAGAGAAGGACGACCGCUCAAACGGUCGCCAGUUCGACAAUAGGCGCGGCGGCCGUGGUGGACGCGGCGGAGGCAAAUUCGGAGGCAAUAAGCCCUUCCGCAAGCGCAAUGACGAAUUCGAGAACUUGCCCGAGUCGGAUGACCCCAACGAAAUCAGGCAACAAGUCGAAUUCUACUUCUCUGUUGCCAAUUUGGCGACUGAUGAGCAUCUCUUCAAGGAGCUCGAAGGUCCUCGCAAUGCGCCCGUCUCAAUCAAGCACAUCAGCCAGUUCAAGCGCAUGCGCCGCUUUACGCCCUACUCUGCCAUCGUGAAUGCGCUUCGCGAGAGUGAGGACCUUGUCGUCGUCGACGAUGGAGAGUUCGCCGGCACUGGCAAGGAGGCCGUCAAGCGCAAGGAUCCCUUGGUCGUACCCAAGCGCGAUGGUGACGAAGAGUACCCGCCUACCGUCGAUGAGCUCUUCAGCCGCAUCUACAAGAAGAGUCUUAACAAGCUCGAGAACUGCAUCUACGCGAAGGGUUUUGCAGGCGAGGGUGAGGAUGUCGGCCAAAUCCCCCUCGAGCAAUUCUUCCGACCUUACGGCGCCGUCAUGAUUCGCAAGCGCCGCGAAGAGGAUGGUACUUGGAAGGGCAGCGUCUUCGUCGAAUUCGACACCGAAGAAUCUGCGAACCAGUUUCUCGCUCUUGACCCCAAGCCGAAGUACAACGAUAACGAGCUUACGAUCAUGUCCAAGAAAGACUACAGCGAGAUGAAGUGCAAGGAGAAGGGCAUCACCCCGGAGUGGCUUAAGACUGAGGAAGAGCGCAACAGCAGCGGCCGCGGACGGGGUCGUGGCGGCUUCCGCGGUGAUCGUGGUGGCCGUGGUGGCCGUGGAGGUCGUGGACGAGGAGGACGUGGCGGCCGUGGAGGUCGUGAUCGUGAUGAUCGCCGGGAUCGCCGCGACCGCCGAGACCGCGACGGCUCUGCCGACAACGAUGACUGGAAGAAGCGCCGAGACAACUUCCAGGACCGGGAUUCCAAGAAGCGUAGCCGUGACGACAACGACGCUGCCGGAAGCCCUAAGCGCUCCAAGAUUGAGGUCAAGGAGGACGCGUAGACGAACACCUCGUCUUUUAGGUGCCUUCAUAUCACACCUGCGCCCGUGCCACUGCCUCAUUUCGCUCCGAUCGGAUCUGGCAAACAUAUAUUUAUCCGCUACUCCCCGACUGCCCUACAUGGAUGAUAUCUCAUUAUUUGCGUUCAGAAUAAACAAAAACGGCGUUGGUGGCAUGCACAUUCAUGGUUGUCUAAAAGAUACCAUCUUUUCCGGGCGGGACGAACCAGUUUUCAUGUUUCAUAGCAUAGCAGUAUUUCUACGCCGCUGUAUGAUAGCCCAUGAUCUGAUGCUCUGUGACGACCGGUGAGCACCAACGAAAUAUGCUUUUCGACCUGCUAUUCUUGAUCACUGGUGGUUCAUGUUGGAUGACCUUGCCUCUCCAUACUCGUGUGAUUGGAGUGGAAAUUGCAAAGAGGUGAUGUCUACCGCCAUGAAAAAGUGACAACGAAAUUGUUGCUAUUACAGCAACAUUGC